AUGGAGCCAGGCGAGGGGAGGCCGUCGUCCACCUCGUCGGACGGAGACCGGAGGGAAGAACACACCUUGAAGCAAGGAAUUGCACAGGACCCGGCCUCUUCUCCCAGACUGGACAGAUUCAAAAUAGCCAGGCAGCUGACGGACAGAGCCAUCAAGGAAAAGAAGAUUUUCUCCAUCUACGGGCACUUCCCGGUGGUCCGGGCAGCUCUGCGGAGGAAGGGCUGGGUGGAGAAGAAGUUCCCCGUGCUGCCCAAGGGCCCUCCGGGUGCCGAGGACGGCGGGGAGGGGGUCCCUGACCACAAAUGUGCCGAAGUAAAAGAAAACCAGCAGGUCACCUUGGAGAAAGCAGAGAACAUCCAUGACGUGAUGUCCAGGCUGGUGAAGAACGAGACACCACACCUGCUCUGGACCAUCAAGAGGGACGCCGUGGACUACCACAACCUGGCCGGGGACCAGAUGCUGAACCACUUCGGGAAGACGGCCUCCUUCACCACCAAGAUCGGGCUGUGCCUGAACAUGCGGAGCCUGCCGUGGUACGUCCAGGCCAACCCCGACUCCUUCUUCCCGCGCUGCUACGGCCUCUGCACCGAGAGCGAGAAGCAGGAGUUCUUGGACGACUUCCGGCGCACGGCCGCAUCCAGCAUCCUCAAGUGGGUGGUCAGCCACCAGAGCAGCAAUAGCAGAGCCAAGGCCAGGAGAGAGGAGGCCAGGGACAGUGACUCGGGCGGCAGGAGAGAUCCCGAGCUCAGGGGCCUCUCGGGGCAGCUGGUGGACGCUGCGUGCAGGGUGUGCCAGGCCUACCUGGGGCAGCUGGAGCACGAGGACAUCGAUGUGCUGGACGCCACGGAGGAGCUGACCGAGGCCGAGUGGCAGGACCUGACCCAGCAGUACUACUCGCUGGUGCACGACGGUGCCUUCAUCUGCAAUUCGAGGAAUUACUUGUCACAGUGUCAGGCCCUCCUGAACAGGAUCACGUCCGUGAGCCCUCAGACUGAGAUCGACGGGCUCCAGAACAUCUGGAUCAUGAAGCCUGCGGCCAAGUCCCGGGGCCGAGGCAUCGCGUGCAUGGACCGCGUGGAGCAGAUCCUGGAGCUGGUGGCCGCGGAGCAGUCGCCCACCAAGGACAGCCGCUGGGUGAUCCAGAAGUACAUCGAGACGCCCAUGCUCAUCCAUGACACCAAGUUCGACAUUCGGCAGUGGUUCCUGGUCACCGACUGGAACCCCUUGACCGUCUGGUUCUACAAGGAGAGCUACCUGCGCUUCUGCACACAGCGCUUCUCACUGCACAACCUGGACAGCGCUGUGCACCUGUGCAACAACUCCAUCCAGAGGAACCUGCAGAAUGACAGCGGCCGCAGCCCCCUGCUGCCCGGCCACAACAUGUGGACGAGCUCUAGGUUCCAGGAGUACCUGCAGAGGAAGGGCCGCGGGGCCAAGUGGGGCAACGUCAUCUACCCAUCCAUGAAGAGGGCCAUCAGCCACGCCAUGAGGCUGGCCCAGGACCGCGUGGAGGCCCGCAAGAACAGCUUCGAGCUCUACGGUGCCGACUUCAUCCUGGGCCGCGACUUCAAGCCCUGGCUCAUCGAGAUCAACUCCAGCCCCUCCAUGCACCCGUCCACGCCCGUCACGGCCCAGCUGUGCGCCCAGGUGCAGGAGGACACCAUCAAGGUGGUGGUGGACCGCAAGCUGGACCGCAACUGUGACACCGGCAACUUCGAGCUCCUGUGGAAGCAGCCUGCGGUGGAGCUGCCGCCCUUCAGUGGAUCAGACCUGUGUGUGCAGGGGGUCAGCGUGCGCAAGCCCAGGAAGCAGACACUGCCCGUAGCCAGCUUCAACUUCUCGGCUCCACUCUCCUACCCGCGGAGCUCCUCGGCCCUGCCCGGCCCAGAGGGUCCCCCGCGGCUGGCGGUGCAGCGGGGCCCCAGGCUGAAGGAGGAAAAGGUACUUUCCCGCUUGGCACUGCCGGGGCCCCCUGAAGAGGGGCUGCCGAAAGGCCGGCCCCGCCAAGGCCCUGGCCAGACAGAGCUUCCCGCCUGUCACUGUCGUCCCGCGGACAGCAAGGCCCCCAGGAGCACGCUCACUGAGGCCCUGCCCACCAGCCACGAGGAUCCAAACCUGUGUGACAGGCAGCCCCUGGCGCCCGCCCUCCAGAGUGGGGACAGCACAGAGGGCGCUCUGUGUCCGUCACCCAGAGUGACAGGGCCGCCGAGCGACCUGCGAGCGCCAUGCCUAGUGUGCCAGGGCCCCCUGCCGCCCGCGCGGCCGUGCAAGCGCUGCCGCUCCUUCUGCGCCUCCGUGCUGCAGGGCGCCACCUUCGUGCCGCUGGGCGGCGGGCGGGACGGGCCGUGGACGCUGGCGAGGUGUCUGCUGACGUGGGGACCCCGCGCGCGCGACCUGGACAGGUGCACGGCCCUCGCUCCUCAGACGCCGGGGCUGGGCGCGACCCUUCCCCUGUUCAGCCUGGUCCGGGGCUGCUAUGGACAUCAGGGGUCGCUGGCUGCAGCGAGCCUGGGGCGGACAGCAGGGCCGGGCCCUGGUGACCACGCGCUGGGGGCGGGGGCAGAAGAAGGUCCCAGAGGCUGCACCGGCGGCGGGGAACCCGAGCUACGCCCUCCCCCAGGACAAGCGGAGUCCCAGGCCCACGACAGCGAGGGGGCUCUCGCGUGGGCCCGGUCCCUUCCCUGCUCGGGUCAGGCGGUCCUUACGCUCCUGUCCCGAGGACUCCGACCCUCGGCCCCUCCUCCUCGCGAGUCGCUGACCGCUGACCGCCCGCGUGUCCCUCACCUCUGCGCCCAGACGCGGCCCCUGGACCUUGCAUCCCCGUCCCAGCACCGCCGCCCCUACCUGCGGCGCUGGGGGCAGCGCACGGGGCCCAGGUCCUCGGCCCCCAGCCGGCCCCGCCCACGCACCGGCCCCCGCCCCGCUGCGGCUGGUCAGGGGGCGCCGGCGCGAGCCGCCCUGGACAGGAAGGCCCCCUCCCCCCACCUUCCUGCGCCUGGCUACUCGGGCUUCCGGGAGCCGCUGACUCACAGGAGGCGCCCCACGUGCGCAGUGCCCUUCCAGUGCGCGUGA